AUGGCAGCAGCAAACUCCUCUCCUCCUGGUUCCUUGGACCUGGAGCAGCCUGGGUUUGCCAGGGAGAUCCUGGGAACCAAGCUGGAGGUGAAGUAUCUCUGCUCUGACUGCAAGAACAUCCUCAGGAGACCCUUCCAGGCACAAUGUGGCCAUCGCUACUGCUCCUACUGCCUCAAGAAAAUAAUCAGUGCUGGACCCCAGAAGUGUGCCAGCUGCAUCCAGGAGGGAAUAUAUGAAGAAGGAAUCUCUAUUCUGGAAACAAGCUCGGCCUUCCCUGACAACGCUGCACGGCGGGAGGUGGAGAGUCUGCCUGCUGUCUGCAUCAACAGCGGCUGCUCCUGGAGGGGCACAAUCAAGGAGUAUGAGGCCCAUGACGAAGUCUGCCCUGAAUUCCCACUGACUUGUGAAGGCUGUGGGAAGAAGAUUCCCAGGGAGAAGUUCCGGGACCACGUGAAGAGAUGUGGCAGAUCCAGAGUGCCUUGCCGGUUUGAGGCUGUGGGCUGUGCCGAGGUGGUGGAAAAUGAAAAGCUUCUGGAACAUGAAAGCAAGUGUUUGGCAGAGCAUCUCUACAUGCUGCUGAGCUCUGUGCUCAGCCUCAAGGCUGCCUCUGGGGACCUGAAGCCCCUUCCUGCCCUUUCCUCAUCCCAAAACAACACCCCACUGCUGGCAGCAAACUCGCUGUGCUCAGAGUCGGAGCUCUCCCGGACCCUGGAGCUCCUGGGAAGGUGUGAGGCCCUCGAGAGGAAAACAGCGACCUUUGAGAACAUAGUCUGUGUGCUCAACCGG